GUUGAAGUUGUAAGCGGACUCUCGAACUUCUGCAUCCUUAUAGCGUCUGUCACAUUGCAUCAGGGCUCGCUACGCUGGGCCUUUGGAUGAGGAAGUGAAGUGACUGAGCUCACCCAGGAGAAAGGAACCCCAUUUGAUGGGCGAAUCCUCUUUCCUGAACUCCUGGGUGAAUCAGCGAGCUAUUAUGAUGGAUGAACAGGAGGUACUGAACUCAAUCAUGCAGGACUUGGCUGAACUGCAUCGUUCUAGCCGGCCGGCCAUGUCUCUGUCUGACUUAGGCAAACCCAAGGCCUCCUCGCCCAAGAAUCAGAAUGAUGUGAGGGUGAAGUUUGAGUACAGAGGGGAGAGGAGGAUCCUGCAGUUUCCUCGGCCUUUGCGACUAGAUGAUCUGAGUUCCAAAGCCAAAGUGGCAUUUGGGCAGACCAUGGAUCUACAUUACACCAAUAAUGAGCUGGUCAUACCUUUGACCACUCAGGAUGAUCUAGACAAGGCAGUGGAGCUGUUGGAUCGCAGUGUACACAUGAAGAGUCUGAAGAUACUGCUGGUUUUACCGGCAUCCACGCAGAACUCUGUGUCCAGCAUGGACCUACUGCCAUCGCACGAGAACCUGGACAACACAGACUUCAGAGGCACGGACAACAAGAGAAUGCUUGCUCUAAUUGGUGAGUCAUGGCGGGACCGCAGCUCUCCUCCGCCGGGUUACAUUCCUGACGCCCUGCAACAGGUGGCCCGCAACGGUUCCUUCACCAGCAUUAACAGUGAAGGCGAAUUCAUUCCCGAGAGUAUGGACCAGAUGCUGGACCCCCUGUCAAUGAGCAGUCCAGAGAACUCAGCGUCAGGCAGCUGCCCGUCACUGGACAGUCCAUUAGACAGUGAAAGCUAUCCUAAGUCCCGCAUGCCGCGCGCGCUCAGUUACCCUGACAACCAUCAGGACUUCCCCGAAUACGACAUUCCUGUUUUUGAGAAGUCAGGGAAAGGAGGAACGUAUCCACGGCGAUACCACAUCUCUUUUGGUCUCCAGGACUACAGCGAUGGGCGUAAGACGUUCCCGCGGGCGAGGAGGACUCAGGGUCACGGCUUCCGCUCCCCAGUGAGUUUCAGUCCUACGGAACAGCAGUCUCCCAGCACCAGCAGCGGCAGCAGCAUCUUCACCCCCGAGCUGGAGGAGCCCGGCCGCCGUCGCCGCGGCAGCGACAUCGAACCCAACCCCAACAGCAACCCCACCCUCUCCGUCAUGGACAUCAGCCCCCCCAGCCGCUCUCCUCGCGCUCCUACAAACUGGAGACUGGGGAAGCUAUUGGGACAGGGCGCGUUUGGACGAGUCUUCCUCUGCUACGACGCCGACACUGGGAGAGAGCUGGCCGUCAAACAGGUCCAGUUUGAUCCCGACAGCCCUGAGACCAGUAAGGAGGUUAGCGCUCUGGAGUGUGAGAUUCAGUUGCUAAAAAACCUGUUCCAUGAACGGAUUGUCCAGUACUACGGCUGUCUGCGUGACACACAUGAAAGAACUCUCUCUAUCUUUAUGGAGUACAUGCCAGGGGGCUCCAUUAAAGACCAGCUGAAGUCUUAUGGUGCCCUGACGGAAAACGUCACACGGAAGUACACGCGGCAGAUACUGGAGGGAGUGUGUUACUUACACAGUAACAUGAUCGUCCACCGAGACAUUAAAGGAGCCAACAUCCUUCGGGACUCGGCGGGAAACGUGAAGCUGGGAGAUUUCGGAGCAAGUCGUCGCUUGCAGACCAUCUGUCUGUCUGGGACAGGCAUUAAGUCUGUGACUGGCACCCCCUACUGGAUGAGCCCGGAAGUGAUCAGUGGAGAGGGCUACGGCAGAAAAGCUGAUAUCUGGAGUGUUGGCUGUACGGUGGUGGAAAUGCUGACUCAGCGGCCUCCCUGGGCAGAGUUUGAAGCCAUGGCGGCAAUCUUUAAGAUCGCCACUCAGCCCACCAAUCCGGCGUUACCAGCUCACGUGUCAGACCACUGCCGCGACUUCCUCAAACGCAUCUUCGUGGAGACGAAACAGCGCCCAGCAGCCGAGGACCUAUUACGGCACGUCUUUGUUCACUAGCCCCUCCCCCCCUCCUUAUCCCCAUCCAACCAAGCUCUGAGCCAUCAGAGACUGCCCUAAGUGUCUGUAAGCUCCACCCACUUUUUCCAUAACCCCUCCCAGCCUGUGGCAGAGCACUCUAAUGAAUCAGUGACAGUAGGAUGUGGCAAGAUGGGGCAGGGAGGGGAUGGUUAAUCCUGCACCUCUAUUGGUGAGAGACAGUUCUGGGGGGAGGAGCUUGAUUCUUGUACGAAAAGCGUUGCACCUUAAUUUCACAGAGGGGUA